GCCUGUCCGUGCUGCUGCGCUGCCUCGGGGGGCCCCCUCGGCUCCGGCCGCAGCUCCGGGGGGAGCGGGAGCUGGCGCUGGCCAUGGCACAGUGUGCCCUGGAUGACUCCGAGCGGGUGCACAUGCGGAUCCUCCAGACCAUCUACCGGCAGCUGACGCGCUCCCGCCGGGGCUGCCCCCGCUAUGGGACACACUGGGAGGAGCUGGGAUUCCAGGGUGUGGAUCCUGGGACCGACCUGCGUGGGACAGGAAUGCUGGGGCUGAUGCAGAUCCUGUUCUUCGUCCUGGACUCCCGAACACUCUUGCUGGCCAGGGAGAUCUUCCAGCUCUCCCAGCAUGAAACCCAGGCAUGGCCUUCCCCCUCCUCCCUGUGGGGGGAUCUCCCUUGGAGUUCCCAGUGCUCUGAGAAAGGGAAGAACAAGAACCUCUCCAGGGAUUUUUUUGGGAUGCUGAACCCCCUCGGGCUGAAUUUUCCCUUCUGCAUCAUGUCUGUGAACAUCACCCGGAUCGUCAUCCAGGCACUGCGGGAGGAGCGGCUCUCCCGGGAAUGCAACCGCCGGCAGCAGGUCAUUGGGGUGCUGAACGACCUCUACGCCGCUGCCUUCCUACGGCUCUUUCGCCUCUGGAAGCGGCAGUGCGGGACUGUUGCCGACGCUGGGUCCUUCCUCAAGGAGCUGGAAUUAUCCACCAAAAAGAAGCCAAGGCAGUUGCUGAGGUCCCUGGAAGCCUAUGUGAGCCACAGCCUUCGGCCUUCCUCCCCUCCCUCCUCUUCCUCCCAGAUCCACUUCACUGGCAUCUGUGACCCUGUGGUCGAGCUGGAGGGAGAUUCCCGACUCAUCUGACGUGGAGCAGGAUGCUGCACAGGGAAUUCUGCUGGUGAAUCAGCCUUUGGAGGGGGACACACCAGUGUCCCCCCUGGUUUAGGGGCUCAGGAAGGGCCAGGAGAGGUCACAGAGCCAGGAUUCACCUGCUCCAGAUGGAAAUCUCUGGAAGUGAAGGAGGAAAAGGCAGUGGAAGGGGGGAGAUUCCAUGAACCCCCCAGCCUGGCACUGGGAUGGUCCCUCCAUCCAUCCCAAGUGCAGGGUCCCCGCUGUCCUUACCCUCCCCAGGUGGAGCUGGGGGUGGUGCCAGGCUCCUGGAUCCCAUCCUGGCUCCAGCAGCACCCGGGGGGAGGGUAACCCCCCCCUUUGGGCUGUAGAGGCUUCACUCGGGGCUGGGGGGGAGCAGGACCGAGGGGACGGUGUGGCCUCCCCCAGCUGGGGACCCCCAGGGUCACCAUGGCAUGUCAGCACCCAAAAAAGUUACUAAAGGAGGGGAAAUGAGUGUUUUGGUGGAAAAGAGUUUUGGAUUUGGGUUUGCUGCUGGAUUCUGUGGGAUCCAGAGGGGGAUGGUGAAGCAGGAGUGCCCGGAGCCUGAUUUGGAGUGAAAUAGGGGUGAAAAAGGUGCUGUAAAGGAGAGAAAUGAGGGUUGAGAGCUGCAGGGAGGAGUGUUAUCCCCUCUGGGAGCAGUUCUGUGCCAGUGCUUGGGAAUGUCCCCAAACCCCUCAAAAUGGGGAAAAUUCCCCAAAGCCCAAGUCUGGAGAGAAAUGAGGGCUUUGGGGGAGAGAAGUGGGGGCUGGUGGGAGAAUGGAGCAUCACGGCCCCCAGGCCCCCCAAAGGACAACGGUUCCUGGGGGCUGGGAAUGCUGCUGGAUGGAAAAACAUCCAAUAAAUGGGCAAAAAGGAGCCCAGAAUUAGGGA